CGCCUGUCUCGCCUUUAGCAGAGUCUAGUCAUAACCUGUGGAACCACCAACAUGCACACUGUGUUUUCUGUAGCUGUUGUCGCUCUUUGUUGUUGUUCUGCCUUCGCUUGGAACAACGCUGGGGGCGGCAGACGUUUCAACAAUGGAGGGUCUGGGUUCGUCAACAACAAUUUCAAUGGAGGCGGAUUCGUUGUAGGAAACGAUGCUGCUUGGAGGGGCGCUGGAUUCGGAGGCGGAAAUGUCGGGAUCAUUGGCGGCGGUGGAUUUGGUGGCCGCAAUGUAGGCCAUGGUGUUGGUGGCGGCAAUCUAGGCCAUGGAGUUGGCGGCGGCAAUGGAGUCGGAUUUGUAUCUGGAAAUAGAUUUGCUCACGGCAAUAGAGGACAUGGAUCUGGUGUUGGACUUGGUGGCGCUGCCGGUUUUGGCAACGGUGGCGUAUUCAUUGGCGGAAACGAUGCUGCCUGGAGGGGCGCUGGACUCGGUGGCGGAAGUAUCGGAAUCAUUGGCGGUGGUGGAUUUGGUCGCGGCAAUGUAGGCCAUGGAGUUGGAGGCGGAAAUAUCGGGAUCAUUGGCGGUGGUGGAUUUGGUCGCGGCAAUGUAGGCCGUGGAGUUGGAGGCGGAAAUAUCGGGAUCAUUGGCGGCGGUGGAUUUGGUGGCGGCAAUAUAGGCCAUGGAGUUGGCGGCGGCAAUAUAGGCCAUGGAGUUGGCGGCGGCAAUGGAGUCGGAUUUGUAUCUGGAAAUAGAUUUGCUCACGGCAAUGGAGGACAUGGAUCUGGAGCUGGAGUUGGUGGCGCUGUCGGUUUUGGCAACGGUGGCGUAUUCAUUGGUGGAAACGAUGCUGUCUGGAGGGGUGCUGGACUCGGUGGCGGAAGUAUCGGAAUCAUUGGCGGUGGUGGAUUUGGUCGCGGCAAUGUAGGCCAUGGAGUUGGCGGCGGCAAUAUAGGCCAUGGAGUUGGCGGCGGCAAUAUAGGCCAUGGAGUUGGCGGCGGCAAUAUAGGCCAUGGAGUUGGUGGCGGCAAUAUAGGCCAUGGAGUUGGCGGCGGCAAUGGAGUCGGAUUUGGAUCUGGAAAUAGAUUUGCUCACGGCAAUGGAGGACAUGGAUCUGGAGUUGGAAUUGGUGGCGCUGUCGGUUUUGGCAACGGUGGCGGAUUCAUUAGAGGAAACGAUGCUGUCCGGAGGGGUGCUGGACUCGGUGGCGGAAAUAUUGGAUUCGGUGGCGGCAAUAUCGGAAUCGUUGGCGGAAAUGUAGGUCAUGGCAUCGGAGGCGGCAAUGUUGGUCAUGGCAUCGGAGGUGGCAAUGUAGGUCAUGGAAUCGGAGGUGGCAAUGUUGGUCAUGGCAUCGUAGGCGGAAAUGGAUUUAGGGGCGGCCGUGUUGGGGGCGGUAUUCUUGGAUCCGGAAUUGGCUUCGGAGGAGAUGCGAUCGUCGGUGGAAACGACGCCGCAUGGAGAGGUGCAGGAUUUGGUGGAGGCAACAACUUUGUAUCCGGACAUUAAAGAGACGUUUUGCUGAAGGAACAGUUUGUCUUGGACGUGAGAGUGGGUUACAAUGGAAGAAAAUAUAUGUUAUUUGGUUUGACCUAUUUUGGUAAUAAACAAUGUAUCUGAAAAA